CUCCUCGCUGGCAGCUGCUGUCCAUUCAGAUUGAGGUACAUAAGUAUGUACUCAGGAGGUCAGCAGAGUCAUUCGGUGCACAGCUGAUCAAUCACGCCUUCGGCAAUUUUACGUACGGAUCAGAGUUCGGAGCGGCUCGCCCUCCGACUAAUCUUGAGUUUUGCUGUAGGGCUCCGCAAGUUCUACAAGAUCAUGCGCUAGGCGGUCAAGCCGCCAUCGUCGAGAGCCUGCAACAUUCAGGUCGACGCCCCUCUUCUCAGAUUGCACAAACACAACUUCCAGAGAGAACACAAAUCGGAGCCCAGGGAUUGUGACGUCUUCAACGUUCGCCACCACUUAAUCCACAGGUGGAGGACUGGAUUGGCUUCCUUCCCGGGACCAUGGAAGAGGGACAGCCACAUCCCGACACUCUGGAUGGACAUGACACGGCCGCAUCCAAACGCCCGCGAGCUGAUUCAGGGAGCUCCACCUCCAUCGAAUCUGUUCGAUCUGUUCGCACUGUAACCUCGGAGGAUCUCGAAUACGUACACGAGAAUGGCCGCACCUAUGGCAACGACACAUAUUUCAACCCGUGUGUUUUCAAUAGCAAUCUCAAGGAGCAAGACCGUUUGUUCUUCCAGCACCAAAUCUUCGUACAUGCUCUACAAGGGCGCUUGACCACUACGAGGCUCUUGCCAUCUACCAGAAGGAUCCUCGAUCUUGGUACGGGACCCGGUCAUUGGGCGGUCGCAAUGGCACAGACGCAUCCACGAGCAGAAGUCGUCGGUAUCGACAUGACACAGUGGGAUCUCGACACGACCGAAGCGACUAUGGGCAGCGCAGAUGUAACUUGGGAGCUGGACGACUUGGAUGUGUGGGGCGUAGAUGCACAUAUAGAGGAUCUGAACUCCAUCUCGAACUUCGACUUCUAUCGCGACAUGACGCAUCGGAUACCUAUCCAUUCUCCGCCCAAAUCGCCAGAGAGAGCCGGGUUCAGCGAAUCCAUCACACAUCCCGAGACGUCUGUUGAAUCACUCGUCAUCGACCCUCGUAACCUCAACCCCCCACCAGAGCCAGGGUGGCACUUCAGCGAACCCUACGAGUUCAUUCAUCUCCGCAAUAUGAAGGGCUCAUUCUCACAUUGGGAGGAAGUGUACGCGGAAAUACACAAGAGCUUGUCGCCUGGUGGCUGGAUCGAGGUAGCAGACUGGGAUAUGGGAGCAGUGCCAAUUGAUCACGCCACAUCUGAUCCAGCCACUUUCCCUGUACCGACUCUACGAAAACUCUAUGCCUCUAUGAUGGAGGCGUCCUUUAAGUCCGGACGCCCACUUGGCUUAUUCUACAUGCAUCCCACCUACCUUGAAGAAGCGGGCUUUACAGACAUUCAGACUACGCACGUCAAUGUUCCUAUCGGGCAAUGGGCAGGCGACGAAGAGCAAAAGCGUGUGGGAAAGCUAAUGCUGGUAGUGGUCAUGGAAGGUUUCGAGGCGAGCUUACUACGACUGCUAACCAAGUAUGGUGAUAGAGAGCGGAUAUGGAGCGCUGAAGAGGUCAGGGCGGAUAUCGCGCGUGCGCAACAAGAGGUUGCGAAUUGGGUAGAGAGGUCAGAGCGAGGAGAGGCGGAAGGGUGGUGUGCUAGCUUCAAGUGGAUCACAGGGAGAAAGAGCUGGCAUGCAGAUUGACCAACUGACUUGGUGUGAGCGAUGUAGCAUUUUCAGCGGGAGCGGGUGUCGGAGUAAUACAUAGACUGUAAUGACGUG